AGUUGUGAGAAGCUACCAGACUAAGUGAGAGGCAAGGACUUUUCAUCUUUAGGGCACUCUGACCACGUCCUGCUUGAGAGAGACUGUUCCCAGCGUCUCAGUGCUAUGGGGAGCAGGUGCCUCCUGGUCCUGCUCUCAGGUCUCACUGUCUUACUGGCUCUGCCAGGAUCAGAAGCCAAGAAUUCUGGAGCUUCCUGUCCACCAUGCCCUAAAUAUGCCAACUGCCACAACAGCACCCACUGUACUUGUGAAGAUGGCUUUCAGGCCAGGUCUGGCAGGACAUACUUUCAUGAUUCCUCUGAGAAGUGUGAAGAUAUUAAUGAAUGUGAGACCGGGCUGGCAAAGUGCAAGUAUAAAGCAUAUUGUAGAAAUAAAAUUGGAGGUUACAUCUGUAGCUGUUUGGUAAAAUAUCCUAUCUUCAACGUGCUGGCUAGUAUUAUAGAUUAUGAUCAUCCAGAUUGUUAUGAGAACAGUCGAGGGACGACACAGUCAAACGUGGAUAUCUGGGAAAAUCUGAGAAGAAAUGGAAGCAGAGAGGACUUUGCAAGAAGGGCUACUCAACUAAUUCAAAGCGUGGAGUUGGGCAUCUGGAAUACGAGUUUUGCUUCUCCAGGAAAGGGUCAAAUUUCUGAAUUUGAUGUAGUCUAUGAAACCAAGAGGUGCAAUGAGACAAGGGAGAACGCUUUUCUGGAAGCUGGAAAUAACACCAUGGAUAUCAACUGUGCUGAUGCUUUAAAAGGAACCCUGAGAGAGAGCACUGCAGUUGCCCUUAUCACGUAUCAAUCUCUUGGGGGUAUUCUGAAUGCAUCCUUUUUUAGUAAAAGAAAAGGGAUGCAGGAAGUGAAACUGAACUCUCAUGUUGUGAGUGGCACCAUCGGUUUGAAGGAAAAAAUUUCCCUGUCUGAACCUGUGUUCCUGACUUUUCACCAUAAUCAGCCUGGUGACAAGAGAACAAAACACAUCUGUGUCUACUGGGAGGGACUGGAGGGAGGCAGCUGGUCCACGGAGGGCUGCUCUCAUGUGUACAGCAAUGGUUCUUAUACCAAAUGCAAGUGCUUCCAUCUGUCCAGCUUUGCCGUCCUCGUGGCUCUUGCCCCCAAGGAGGACCCUGUGCUGACCGUGAUCACCCAGGUGGGGCUGACCAUCUCUCUGCUGUGCCUCUUCCUGGCCAUCCUCACCUUCCUCCUGUGCCGGCCCAUCCAGAACACCAGCACCUCCCUCCAUCUACAGCUCUCCCUCUGCCUCUUCCUGGCCCACCUCCUGUUCCUGACGGGCAUCAACAGAACUGAGCCUGAGGUGCUGUGCUCCAUCAUUGCAGGGCUGCUGCACUUCCUCUACCUGGCUUGCUUCACCUGGAUGCUCCUGGAAGGGCUGCACCUCUUCCUCACCGUCAGGAACCUCAGGGUGGCCAACUACACCAGCACGGGCAGAUUCAAGAAGAGGUUCAUGUGCCCUGUAGGCUACGGGAUCCCAGCUGUAAUUAUUGUUGUGUCAGCAAUAGUUGGACCCCAGAAUUAUGGAACAUUUACUCACUGUUGGCUCAAGCUUGAUAAAGGAUUCAUCUGGAGCUUCAUGGGGCCAGUGGCAGUCAUUAUCUUGAUAAACCUGGUGUUCUACUUCCAAGUUCUGUGGAUUUUGAGAAGCAAACUUUCCUCCCUCAAUAAAGAAGUUUCCACCAUUCAGGACACCAGAGUCAUGACAUUUAAAGCCAUUGCUCAGCUAUUUAUCCUGGGCUGUUCUUGGGGCCUUGGUUUUUUUAUGGUUGAAGAAGUAGGGAAGACGAUUGGAUCAAUCAUUGCAUACUCAUUCACCAUCAUCAACACCCUUCAGGGAGUGUUGCUCUUUGUGGUACACUGUCUCCUUAAUCGCCAGGUUCGAAUGGAAUACAAAAAGUGGUUUAGUGGGAUGCGGAAAGGGGUAGAAACUGAAAGCACUGAGAUGUCUCGCUCUACUACCCAAACCAAAACGGAAGAAGUGGGGAAGUCCUCAGAAUUCUUUCAUAAAGGAGACACUGCAACAUUAUCUGCAGAUUCAACCAAGCAACGGCAGCCACAGGUUCAUCUCGUCUCUGCUGCUUGGCUAAACGUGAACUGACCUGGCAAAUGCCAUGGCAAUGACCCGGAAGUUACUGCACCUUUCCGUUUGUCUACAGCGCCCCUGUGGUCACACAUAGAUUGGACAAAUGCCACUAUUUCUAGCUUUCCUGUGAAAAGUCCAGGCUCAUUCACCUAUUUUGGCUUUUUAUGUUCAUAGAAAGAACAAGACAUUUGGGAGAAUUCUUAGAUCCAGAGUCCAGUAGUGUGGCACGUGCAAUGAAGUGUCCGAAGGAUGCAUUUUAAAGAUGGUGGGCGGGAGAAGUGGAUUUUCUUCUUGCAGCUACUGCCACCUUGCCAGAAACUCACUAACUGGCAUCUGGAUUCAGCUCAUAGUUCCCUUUCUGGCCUCUCUUGCUGUAUUUUAUGCUCCCAAAGAUCUUACAUUAACACUCCACAUUCACAUAAUUCAACAAUUUUCAUAUGGAUCAGUAUUAAAGAGGGUGUUGCAUUUUGCAAUACGAAAAUGCAUCAUCAUCCCAGCUUAGGGGUGUAUUGUCACUGCACAGGCUCUUUUGUCCGAGACACUGACAUUUCUCCAUUUUUUUUGCCUGAGACUUUUUUAUUUAUGUAUUUAUUUUUUUUUGAGACGGGGUUUUGCUCUGGUUACCCAGGCUGGAAUGCAGUGAUGUGAUCUCCCUUCACCGCAACCUCUGCUUCCCGAGUUCAAGAGAUUCUCCUGCCUCAGCCUCCCGAGCAGCUAGGAUUACAGGCGCCUGCCACCACGCCCGGCUCAUUUUUUGUAUUUUUAGUAGAGACAGGGUUUCACCAUGUUGGCCAGGUUGGUCUUGAACUCCUGAUCUCAGGUAAUCCACCUUCCUUGGCCUCCCAAAGUGCUAGGAUGACAGGUGUGAGCGACCGAGCCCGGCCUGCCUGAGACUUUUCGAGCCCACAUGUACACAUGGGUUAAAGAUCAUUUUGUUUUCUUAGUGUCCUCUUGAACAUGUCCCAGUACAAAUGUCUGGAAACAAAAAACGUGGGUCAUUCGGACUCAUUUUUUCGUUUUACCAUGUCUAAUUACUUUUACAAAGUUACCGGUUUUUAGGUAUGUUUUUCAGCACAUUAAUAAAUGUGUGGAUGAUUGUUAUGACAGAAUAGCUCCAAAAAGAUUUUAAAUGCUAAUGACUGUCAAUGUUAUAAUAGGCAAGAGCCAUCAUCAUUUAUUUGAAGAAAUUUCAAACCAGGCGCGGUGGCUCAUGCCUGUAAUCUCAGCACUUCGGGAGGCUGAGGUAGGAGGACUGUUUGAGGCCAGGAGUUUGAGACGCCCUGGAAAACAUUGUGAGACCCCAUAUCUACAAAAAAUUUACAAAAUUAGCUAAGCAUAGUGGUACAUUCCUGUAGUCCCCGCUACACAGGAGGCUGAGGCACUAGGGUUGCUUGAGCCCCAGGAAUUCGAGGCUGUAGUGAGCAAUGAUUGCACCACUGCACUUCAGCCUGGGAGGCCGUGGUACUCUGUCUCAAAAAAAAAAAACAAAAUGAAAAUCAUGUGAGGUCUUCUGGGGUUGUAGACAAAGGGUUGAGGACUUUUCUGCUUAAUUAACGCAAAUGUCUCCUCCAUAGAUAUAAACAGAAUAGUGUACAUCCACUCCACCUGCUGGCUUUGAAGUUAUGUGAUUCCUUUGGAAAAGGGAAAAUGAAGGGAUAUUCACAUGGUUGCAAAAUGUGUGCAUGCAGCGCAACUUUUUGUUUUGCAUAAUUUCAAAUGUACACGAAUAAAGGCUGCGUAAAAUGCAA